CGCGCUGUCAGAGUCCAAGCAUAGUAUAGCGGAUCAUUUUAACAUGAUGGGACUUAACCGAAGACAUACGGAGCUCUGCAAUUAACAACACACUGGUGGAAUAUCAAAGGAGUUUACCAUGCAGCGAACAACAAUUUUACUGUGGAAUAACACUUUCGAGAGAUUGACGAAAAGUUUACAAAUCAGAAUGGGAUUGUAGAAGCAACAUGCUAAAGUACGGAGGCAAAUAUGCUCGGGUUUUAGAACAAGUCAUCUUUUCAGGACGUUACGAGACCUCCACACCAUUUCCUGAGCGAGAAUGAAAAUAAGAUUUGCCUUUCCAAGCAGACUGCGGAAGAAGAAUUUAAUUUCUUCUUUAUCAUUGCUGCUGGUGAUCUGUGUCUUCCUGCUGCUCUUCCUAAAGUUCACUGUUAAAUACAGUAUUGCCAUUGAAACCUAUGGGUCUACCGCAGGCUACAAUGACAUUGAGCUGCUCCAUCGCUACAACAUUGACUGCAAUGCCAUCUAUGAAAUGGAGCCGGCCGAGUUGGGGAAGUCGCUGGUCAUCAGAAAACAGGUGGUGGUGGAAGAGCAGGACAAGAGCUUGGUCAACCUGAUCUCCAACUGCCCGCGAUACCUCCGCUCCCGGGGCUAUGGGGCUGUCCAGGUGUCUGAGGAGGAGCAGGCCUUCCCCCUGGCCUACUCACUGGUGGUCCACAAGUCUGCCUCCAUGGUGGAGAAGAUCCUCAGGGCCGUCUACACCCCUAACAACAUCUACUGUAUCCACUACGACCUGAAGUCAUCAGAACUGUUCAGAGAGUCCAUGGAAGGUCUGGCACGCUGUCUGCCCAACGUCUUCAUCGCCUCUAAGCUGGAGGCAGUGACAUACGCCAGCAUCAGCCGCCUCAAUGCUGACCUCAACUGCUUGUCUGACCUUAUAGGGUCAAAGGUCAAGUGGAGGUAUGUCAUCAACCUGUGCGGUCAGGACUUUCCCCUGCGCUCCAACAUAGAGCUGGUGGCUGACCUGAAGAAGCUCCGGGGGGGUAACAUGAUGGAGACAAGUCGCCCCAGCGAAUACAAGAAGCAGCGUUUCUCCUUCCACCACGAGCUGCAGAACGCGUCAUUCGAGUACAACCGGCUGCCGGUGAAAACCAACAAGGCCAAGGGGUCUCCGCCGCACGGCAUACAGAUGUUCAUCGGCAGCGCGUACUUCGUGCUCUCGUGGGAGUUCGUCACUUAUAUGAACACGUCUGCGCUGGCCAGGGACUUCCUGGUGUGGUCAAACGACACCUACUCCCCAGACGAACACUUCUGGGCCACACUGACACGGGUGCCGGGUGUGCCAGGUGAGGUGCCACGGGCCCAGGCCGACAUCACAGACCUGAUGAGCAAGACCAGGCUGGUGAAGUGGAACUACCUGGAGGGACAGCUUUACCCAUCAUGCACAGGGAAACACGUCCGCAGUGUGUGUGUCUAUGGGGCGGGGGAGCUGCGCUGGCUACUGAACUACGGCAGCUGGUUCGCUAAUAAGGUGGACGCCAAAGUUGACCCGGUCCUUAUCCAAUGUCUUGAGGAUAAAUUACAGGAAAAACAGAGACUCUUGGUCAAGGCUAUGAAGUUGCAACAAAAGAUUCCCUCCUCUGUGUUAGCAGUUGAUGUUAUUCUUCAAUAAUACAAACUCCAAAGCAAAUCAGGGGGAGACAAAUGUAUUUAUUUGAGAAGGACAAAUCAUAGAUGUUAUGCUGGGAGAUAGAUGUUCAGUCUCUCCUGUCCUCAGCUUUUCUCAGCAGAACAAAGGAACAGGAUGCCAUUGAUAACCCCCCACCCUAGCCUGGGGUUGACCAAUCAGAAGUCCUUGCAGUACAACUGGGCCAAUGACCAAAUAACAAGUGUCCUGCUCCAGACUCAAUGUACAGACCAAUGAAAACGUGGCACACGUAGCUCUGAGUCCAGGACGGACAUUCCACAAAUUCUAAAUAGCUGUUGAACUGAAGACCUACUAUUUACAUUGACAAUUCCCUAUUGAUUGUUAAUUCUAGUACUCUCGUCCUCUCAUCCUCUGCGCUGUGCAUUUAUUUUCAGUUUUCUCCUAUCACAGCUAUUAAACUCUGUAACUGUUUUAAAGUCACCAUUUACCUCAUGGUGAAAUC